AUGCCGGAUAUCCAUGACGAAGUCUGCGACGCAAAUGCAGAUUCCAGUCAUGGUUACGUGGCCGGCUGGCGGCUGGCCAUAAUCAUGGCCUCGACUACUUUUGUCUCCCUUCUCGUUUUACUAGACUCUACUAUAAUCGGUAAUGCAAUCCCCCGCAUCACUGAUGAAUUUCAUUCUCUCACAGACGCCGGAUGGUACGGAACAGUGUACCAGCUUGCAAACGCGUGCCUGCAACCCCUCACAGGGAAAUUAUAUACUUAUUAUAGCACGAAGCGAGUGUUUCUCCUCUCCUUUGCCGUCUUCGAGAUUGGAUCCUUGGUCUGCGGUCUUGCUCCGUCGUCUACAGCCUUGAUCAUGGGUCGGAUGGUGGCAGGGCUUGGUGCUUCUGGGAUACAGAAUGGUAUCUUCAAUAUCAUUGCUGGCUGCGUGCCCAUGGUCAAGAGGCCAAUGCUUACGGGCAUAGGCAUGGGUGUAUCGCAGAUGGGUAUGAUCCUUGGGCCGCUCAUUGGAGGGGCGUUUACAGAGUACAAAACUUGGCGAUGGUGCUUCUUCAUUAACCUCCCUUGUGGCGCCGCCGCUGCCGGAAUGCUUAUGCUUGUUCGGAUCCCUGAGCAAUUCACCAAAGCUGAAGGCCAAUCAAUAACCCCGGUGCUUCUAUUGAAAAAGGAUUUUGCGAGAUUAGUGCUCUUCGCUGCUGCUGUGACCCAAUUAUUCCUUGCUCUGCAAUACGGAGGCAAUACCCACCCUUGGAACAGCGCCGUAGUAAUUGGUCUUGUCUGCGGCGCAGUCGGCACAUUCGCGGUAUUUGUACUUGCCGAGCAUCUAAAGGGCCAUGAAGCGAUAGUACCACUCUGGAUCAUUAAAAAGCACGUUGUUUGGUGCAGCUGCUUGGUGAUGAUGUUUUCGAUCGCGACGACGUUUUGCGCGUCUUACUUCCUCCCCCUGUAUUUCCAGGUUGUUGCAGGUGCAUCACCGAUGAUGAGCGGUGUCUAUCUCUUGCCCAAUAUCUUGAGUCAGAUUUUCUCUGCAGGGUUUUCUGGGAUACUAGUUGGGAAAUCGGGAUAUUAUCUUCCGUGGAGUGUCCUUGCAGGUGUGUUUUUGAGUGUCGGUUCGGGUUUAAUCUCUACGUACUCUCCUUCGACCUCGAUUGGCAAAUGGAUCGGGUAUCAAGUACUGCUCGGAGCAGGCCGAGGCAUCGGAAUGCAGAUGCCCAUCAUUGCCAUCCAAAAUGCCCUCGAGCAAUCUCAGAUCGCCAUCGCAACAUCGUUUCUCAUAUUCAGUCACACCAUUGGCGGAGCGGUCUUCUUGACUCUUGCGCAAACACUCUUUACGAAUGGCCUACGAUCAGAACUCGCGGUAUACGCUCCAUCUGUCGAUCUCAGGACUAUCAUCGCGACUGGUGUUAUAAGCAUACGUAAUGAAAUGAUUGAUAAGAGCCAGCUGCAAGGCUUCCUACUUGCACUUACCAAGAGUUUAAAUCUUGUUUUCUACUUGACAGCCGGUGCUGGUGCGUGUUCAUUUGUCUUCGCUUGGGGGAUGGGCUGGAGGGAUAUUCGAAUCAAAAAUACUUAG